AGAUAUAUGUUUAUCAAAAACAGAAAAGCAAUCUAUUGCUGAACUUUACCUGAAAACAAAUGCUUCUAAGAUCAGUGAAUUCCAUGACAUGUUUGAUUGUUUUCCUCUUUUGUGUCAACUAUGCAGCAAAAACACAAAACUGAGCAUUGUAGAUUUCUUUAAGAAUCCGUAUACAGUAUACAAAGAAGAGAUAGAUAAAUUACAAAAAGAAGGCGCACAUGUCAAGUACUGUGCCCUUGCUCUAUGUGUCAUGUUUGACAAUCAUUUAAAAGAGAAUUUAUUUACAGACGAUAAGGACAAAGGUAUCAAAACUAUUAUAAAGAACACAUAUGAAGCGUGUAAAGUGGUGAGAGGAACUUCACGAUUGGUAAUUCGGGAUGAGCUGGAUUCCCUAACUCAUUCAUUUAUCAGAAAGGAUGGUGAAGUAUUUAGAACUAUUCAUGACAAGCUGUUCGACUUUAUUGCUUUUUACUUUGGAAAUGUUAUGAUCGAAUGCUUAAUAAAUAACGCUUCAAGUCGUUUUAUUUGUGAAAGGUUUCUGUUUAGAAAAGAAAGCAAUAGUGAUGAAUUUAUCAUUAUUGUACCACAAAAGUAUCAGCAAAUGUAUAUUGAGAGAAUUGUAGAUGACUGGGCAAGAGGGAAUGUAAUACAUGUCUACUGUAACAUUAAUAUGAACAGUAUAAUCUUCAGACAAAGAUUUUUAGAACAUAUCAAAAGUUUAGAAAUACCACAACAGACACAACUGGCUUGUUCAUAUGACACAGGUAACAAUAGCACUCCAUUGAUACAGUGUUCUCAUAGAGGUGAUAUUGAUCUAGUUACAUGGUGUUUACAUCUUUGUAUCAGUAAUGUAAACCAUUGUCGUAUUGGUGAUAGAGUAUCAUCUCUGUUCUUUGCUUGUCAGCAAGGUCAUUCUAAAGUAGUUCAGUUGUUACUAAAUAAUAAAGCAGACAUCAAUAAGUGUGUAUAUAAUGGAUCUACACCACUGCUCGUUUCUUGUCAGGGAGGGCAUACUGAAGUGGUUAAGAUGCUUAUCAAAAAUAAGGCAGAUAUUAAUAAGUGUAAUGACAAAGAAGUAUCAGCUCUGCACAUUGCUUGUUGGAAAGGAAUUACUGAAGUAGUUCAUAUGUUAAUUAACAAUAAGGCGGACAUUAAUAAGUGUGAUUAUGCAGAGGUCUCACCUCUAUUUGUUACUUGUAAGGAAGGACAUAUUGAAGUAGUUAAGAAGUUGAUAAACAAUAAGGCAAACAUUAAUAAGUGUAAUGCUACGGAAAUAUCACCACUGUACAUUGCUUGUCAAGAAGGACAUACUGACGUAGUUCAGUUAUUAUUAAAAAAUAAUGCGGACAUUGAUAAGUGUGCAGAUACGGGAUCAACACCUAUGUACAUUGCCUGUGGGCAAGGACAUACUGAAAUAGUGCAGAUGCUUAUAAAGAAUAAGGCAGACAUUAAUAAGUGUAAUGCGAAGGAAAUAUCACCUCUUUACAUUGCAUGUGUGGGAGGACAUACUAAAAUAGUUAAGAUGUUAAUCAACAAUCAGGCAGACAUUAAUAAGUGUGCCGAUACAGGAUCAUCACCCCUGUACAUAGCUUGUGGGCAAGGAUAUACCGAAAUAGUUCAGACAUUAUUAAGCAAUAAGGCAGACAUUACUAAGCGUAAUGCUGAAGAGGGAUCACCUCUGCUAAUUGCUUGUUGCAAAGGACAUACUGAAGAGGUUAAGAUGUUAAUAAACAAUAAAGCCGACAUUAAUCUGUGUGGUAAUGAAGAUAUAUCACCUCUGUUUGUUGCUUGUCAGGAAGGACAUAUCGGAGUUGUUAAGAUUCUAAUAGAUAAUAAGGCAGACAUUAAUAAGUGUUUAGAUACUGGAGCGUCCCCUCUCUUCGUUGCUUGUCAGGGAGGCUAUACUGAAGUAGUUGAGAUGCUAAUAAACAAUAAGGCAGACAUUUUCAAAUGUAAAGAUACUGGAUCAUCACCUUUAUUCAUUGCUUGUCAGGAAGGGCAUACUGAAGUUGUUCAGAUUUUAAUAAACAAUCAGGCAGAUAUUAAUAAGUGUACAUAUUUCGGAGCAUCACCUCUGUUCCUUGCUUGUGGCAAAGGGCAUACUGACGUGGUUCAGAUGUUAAUAAACAACAAGGCUGACGUCAAUAGGUGUAAUGAUGAAGAAGUAUCACCUCUGUUCAUAGCUUGUCAGGAAGGACACACUGAAAUAGUUCAGAUAUUGAUUAGUCAUAAGGCGGACAUUAAUAAGUGUGCAGGUAUUGGAUCAUCACCUCUGUUUGUUGAUUGGCAGAAAGGACAUACUAAAGAAGUUCAGACGUUACUAAACAAUCAAACAGACAUUAAUAGGCGUACUGAUAAAGAAGUAUCCCAACUGUUCGUUGCUUGUCAAGCAGGACACACGGAAGUAGUUCAGAUGUUAAUUAACAAUAGGGCAGACAUUAAUAAGUGUAAUGAUGAAGAAGUAUCGCCUCUGUUUGUGGCAUGUCAGAAAGGACAUACUGAAGUUGUCUAUACUUUAAUAAACAACAAAGCAGAUAUUAAUAAGUGUAGAGAUUCUGGAGCAACACCUCUGCACAUUGCUUGUCAUGAAGGAAAUACAAAAAUAGUUUUGAUUUUAAUAAACAAUAAGGCAGACAUUCAUAUGUUUGAUGAAACUGGUUCAUCACCUUUGUUAAUUGCUUGUCGGGAAGGACAUACUGAAGUAGUGCAGAUAUUAAUAAACAACAACGCAGACAUUAAUAAGUGUAGAGAUACUGGAUCAUCGCCUUUGUUUAUUGCUUGCCAGGAAGGACGUACUGAAGUAGUACAGAUGUUAGUAAACUAUAAUGCAGACAUUAAUAAGUGUAAAGAUAUUGGAUCAUCACCGCUGUUCAUUGCUUGUCACGAAGGACAUACUGAAGUAGUUCAGAUGUUAAUAAAUUAUAAUGCAGACAUGAAUAAGUGUGAUGACGAAGAGGUAUCACCUCUGUACAUCGCUUGUCAAGAGGGACAUACUGACGUAGUUAGGAUCUUAACAAAUAAUAAAAUAGACAUUAAUAAGUGUAGAAAUACUGGAGCAUCACCUUUAUUCAUUGCUUGUCAAAAAGGACAUACUGAAGUAGUUCAGAUAUUAAUAAACAAUAUGGCAGACCUUAAUAAGUGUAAUGAUAAAGAAGAAUCACCUCUUUACAUUGCUUGUCAGAAUGGGAAUAUUGAAGUUGUUCAGUUUUUGAUAAACAAUAAGGCAGAAAUUAAUAAGUGUAAGGAUACCGGAUCCUCUCCUCUCUACAUUGCUUGUCAGGAAGGACACACUGAAGUUGUUCAGUUUUUGAUAAACAAUAAUGCAGACGUUGAUCAGUAUGAUUCAAAAGAAAUAUCACCUCUGUGCAUUGCUUGUAAUGAAGGGCAUACCGAAGUAGUUCGUAUAUUAAUCAACAAAACAGCAGACAUAAAUAGGUGUAAUGCUGAAGAAAUAUCACCUCUAUUCGUUGCUUGUCAAAAAGGAAAUACGGAAGUAGUUCAGAUGUUAAUAAAUAAUAAGGCAGAUAUAAGUAAAUGUGAUGAUACUGGAUCAACACCUCUAUUUAUUGCUUGUUGGACAGAACACUCUAAAAUUGUCCAGAUUUUACUAAAGUAUAAGGCAGACAUUAAUAGGUGUAAUGCUAAAGAAAUGUCCCCUCUUUAUACUGCUUGUUGGAAAGGAAAUACUGAAGUAGUUCAGAUGUUGAUUCAAAAUAAGGCAGAUAUUAAUAAGUGUACAAAUAAUGGAUCAUCACCUCUGUUUAUUGCUUGUCAAAAUGGAAAUGCUGAAGUAGUUCAAAUGUUGAUAAACAAUAAGGCAAACGUAAAUAGGUUUGAAGAUACUGGAUCAACACCUCUGUAUAUUGCUUGUUGGACAGAACGGGUUGAAAUAAUUCAGAUAUUAUUAAACAACAAGGCAGAUAUUAAUAAAGGUAAUGCUAAAGAAGUUUCACCUCUGCUCAUUGCAUGUGGGAAAGGGAGUACAAAAGUAGUGCAGAUGUUGAUUAACAACAAGGCUGAUAUCAAUAAGUGUGAUGACGAAGAAGUAUCACCACUGUUUCUUGCUUGUCAGGAAGGACACACUGAAAUAGUUAAGAUGUUAUUAAACUUUGAGACAGACAUUCAUAAGAGUAAUGCGAAAGAAGAAUCCCCUUUGCACGUUGCAUGUUGGAAAGGACACACUGAAGUAGUUCAGAUAUUAAUACAAAAUAAGGCAGCCAUUAAUAAGUGUACAGAUUUUGGAUCAUCGCCUCUGUUUAUCGCUUGUGAAAAUGGAAAUAGUGAAGUUGUUCAUAUGUUAAUAAACAAGAAGGCAGACGUUAAUAAAUGCAAUGCUAAAGAAGCUUCACCUCUACAUGUUGCUUGUUGGAAAAGGAAUACUGAAGUAGUGCAGAUGCUUAUAAACUUUAAGGCUGACAUUAAUAAGUAUGAUAACGAAGACGUAUCGCCUCUAAUCAUUGCUUGUCAAACAGGAAAUACCGAAAUAGUACAGAUGUUGAUAAGCAAUAAGGCAGACAUAAAUACAUGUAAUGCUAAACAAAUAUCACCUCUGCACAUUGCUUCUGGGGAAGGAAAUACUGAAGUUGUUCAAAUGUUGAUAACAAAUAAGGCAGACAUAAAUAAAUGUGUAGAUACUGGAGAAACGCCUCUGUUUAUUGCUUGUCAGAAUGGAAAUACUGAAAUAGUGAUGAUGUUAAUAAACAAUAAGGCAGACAUUAAUAAGUGUAACUAUGAACAAAGAUCACCUUUGUGCAUUGCUUGUCAGAACGGCAAUACUGAAGUAGUUCAGAUGUUAAUAGACAAUAAGGUAGACUUAAAUAAAUGUGUUGAUACUGGAGAAACACCUCUAUUUUUUUCUUGUGGGACAGAACACACUGAAGUAGUACGGCUGUUAUUAAACAAUAAAGCAAAUAUAAACAAGUGUAGUGCUAAAGACGUAUCACCUCUUCACAUCGCUUGUUGGAAAGGGCAUAGUGAAGUUGUUCAGAUGUUAAUUAAAUAUAAAGCAAACAUAAAUAAGUGUACAGAUACUGGAUUAUCACCUCUGUUUAUUGCUUGUCAGAAUGGAAAUACUGAAGUAGUUCAGAUAUUAUUAAACAAUAAUGCAGACAUUAAUAAGUGUAAUACUAAAGACGUUUCACCUCUACACAUUGCUUGUGGGGAAAGAAAUACUGAAGUUGUUCAGAUGUUAAUUACAAAAAAUGCAAACAUUAAUAGGGGUGAUAAUAAAAGAGUUACACCACUGCACAUUGCGUGUGGGAAAGGAAAUAGUGAAGUAGUUCAAAUGUUGAUAAACAAUAAAGCAGGCGUUAAUACGUUUGAUGACGAAGAGGUAUCGCCUCUGUUUUGUGCUUGUCAAGAAGGGCAUACUGAAGUAGUUCGGAUUUUAUUAAACAAUGAAACAUACAUAAAUAAGUGUAAUAAAAAUGGAGUAUCGCCUCUGUACAUUGCUUGUCAAGAAGAACAUACUGAAGUAGUUCAGAUGUUACUCAACAAUAAGGCUGAUAUAAAUAAGCGAAUGAAUACUGGAGAAUCCCCCUUGUUUAUAGCUUGUGUAAAUGGUAAUACACAGCUUGUUGAAUUGUUAAUAAAAAACGAAGCAGAUUGUUACAUUAAUUAUAGCGGAUUGACACUAUUAGAUAUUGCUAAAUUAGAAUAUCAUACCAAUAAUGUACAUUUAAUGCAGACACAGAACCAAUAUACAAUUAUAUACAGUAGAACAUAGGCAUAAAUGAUAAAUCAAUAAAACUAUUCUGCCUAAGAGUGCUCUCAUUAAAUUUAGGAUAUACACCAUUGGAUAUUGAUAAAAGAGAAAACCAUAUCAAUAAAUAACUUUAAUUGUGACUUUUAUUUCACAAUGCUGAAAACUGAUGCAAAAAUAAUUGUACUGUUACCUUGAUCGUGUUGCUUUUGUUUUCAACUUAAAUG